AUGUCAUCUGGUGGACCACAACCUAGUUGGCUUCCCGAAGCACCUCUCGACGAUCAACCAGCUGUUGCUCCUGGGGCCUCGGCAUAUGUCUUGAACAGUUCUUUCAGCAUAACCGACACACCCGUUACUCGGUCGUACGACUGGGCGCUCGCCGCUCGCACUGGUACACCUGAUGGCUACAACCGCACUCUCUUAACUAUCAAUGGUCAGAUGCCGGGACCAUUGGUAGAGGCGAAUGAGGGCGACACUCUCAUCUUCAACAUCACAAACAAUCUGUCGAACGAAACUACAUCAAUUCAUUGGCACGGGAUGUACCAAAACGGCACUGCUUUCAUGGAUGGCGUUCCUGGCGUUUCGGCUUGUCCCAUUCAACCCGGUCAAAGCUUCGUCUACAAUUUCACACUGACGCAAUAUGGCACGUACUGGUACCAUUCGCAUUCCUCGGUUCAAUACACGGACGGUAUCCUCGGGCCUUUGAUCAUACACUCCACCGAAGACCCACUUGUUCUCGGCACAGACUUUGACGAAGAGCAAGUGCUGCUUUACCAGGAUUGGUACCACGAACAAGCUGCCAAUAUCGUCACGGAGCUCCUGUCUGUAGAUGGAUAUGAUGGCACUGCUGCUGCUCCUUCGCCACAAAGCGGUCUCCUCAACGGUGAAGGCAUGUUCAAUUGCUCCGCCAUCGCUGAUACGGAUAGUACGGAGUGCACGGACACGUCUUACCCUGAGAUUACCGUCACCGCGAACGCGAAGACACGCUUCAGACUCAUCAAUGGCGGUAGUCACGCUCAAUUCUGGUUCUCUGUCGACAACCACACGCUGUCCGUCGUUGAGGCGGAUGGCACAGUAGUAUCUGGUGCCGACUCUAUCCACCGCGUUCCUUUCCAUAACGGCCAACGGUACUCUGUGAUCAUCGACACGACGGUCGGGUCAGAGGGUGAUAGCUUUUAUGUUCGCGGGGUCAUGAAUACCAAUUGCUUCGCAGUUGUCGACGACAACCUCAACGCCACUACCUUUGCCGUCAUGCGAUACGGUUCAAACAGUACUGGUCUUCCUGCAGACUCUGUCGAUUGGACGGACACUUUGACCACCGACUGUAUCGAUCUGGACGACGACGUACUCGUCCCCGUAGUGUCUAAGGACGCACCGAGCACGGUUGACCAGCGAGCUGCCUUCGACUCCGAGUUCGGUACGGUCGUGUACUCGGACGUGACCUACAAUCGGUUCUUGGUCAAUGAUACGUCCUACACGAACUACAUCUACCAACCGCUGCUGGAGGCCGUAGCUGCCGGAACGGACAUCAACUCGACCGAUGUGUCUAAUGUCGUUUUCGAUGACGAUGUUUGGAGUGGAGAUAUCAUUAUCAACAACCUCGACGCUGCGUUGGAUCAUCCAUAUCAUUUGCAUGGAAACGAGUUCUUCAUCGUGGCCCGCGGCUCUGGUAGUCUCAGCCUGGACGACGCUGACGGAAUCACCUACAACACUAGCAACCCUGUUCGGAGAGACACCCUCGUCAUCCCUGCCGACUCUUACGCCGUCCUUCGCUUCGCUAAUGAUAACCCUGGUGUAUGGGUGAUGCACUGUCACAUUGCGUGGCAUCUGGCCGAGGGUUUCCUUGGUGUCGUCGUCAGUAGACCCAAUGCCAUCGCCGCUCUCGACUUCCCCGACUCUAUUCAAGAAUCGUGUGAUGCUCGUCCGAGCUUCAUUUCGGCCUUGACUACCGAGCCUGGUAGAAAGCGCAACCAGAUCGGCUCUCCGGCUCAGCUUGGCAGGAAGGAGGCGCGCGCCGACGGUUUCGAUGCGCGGCGCCUCGCCAGAAGUGCACACCAUUGGGGCAGGAAGAGGUUCGGUCGCUCUAGCAUAUAG